GUAAAGAAAAUAAUUGAUCUGUCGCCAUUCUUCGUCAUCAAGUUGGAAUUGAUGCGUGCCAUUGUAUUCAGAACAAAAUCUUUCAAAGAUUGACCGUAAACGUCUAGCGCGUCGGAGCAUUAGAAAGGUCGAAUUCCAACGUGUACGAACAUCCUGAAUAGGAAGCAAUAUCGGCCCUCCUCCUGGCCAGAGUCGUGAGGAGGUCAAAUGCCAUCCAGGCGCGUAAGUGGCGAUACACGAGCACGGGCAGAAGAAGAAGGAACUUUGUCGCCUGUUACUGCUUCGGGUAUUCAAGCGGCUGAACCAACAACCUCUCAAGCCCAAAUAACGCAGAGACAUGGGGUAAAUAAAGCUUCGCCGCUUGCACAGCAAGCAAAAGAGAACCGAUCUAAGAAACGUCGAGGGCUACUCUCCCGGCCACGGGGAAUUAAAGCCACCAGGGAAAAGGCUAAGCAGACCCAAGGACGGGCGGAACGGGUCCGCGUCUCCGAAAACACCGAAGGGAAACAGCAAGACUAUCAUCAGUAAAUCAGGGGAAAGCUAGAGAAAAGACCUCACAGAAUGAGCGACCUUCCAAACGGGUUACGCAAAUCGAUUUCACCCCAGUCCAGCAACCGACAGAGAGCGAAGAGGCUCUGCCUGCUACCGAGCAAUCGUCCCAUGUGCCGCUGUUGGAAGCGAUAUCAGAAGAUGCACCACAA